AUGGCUUCCCUCACGGGAAUCAGGACGGAGCUGGGGAAUAUGUUUACUCGCGAUGAGGGUCCGACCGAGAUGAAGCUUCCGAGUGGGAGGUGCAACUACACGAACCUAAGCGUGGGAGGGACUGCUCCCAGCCAGGUCGGAGCCUCUGCAGAUGCGACAGUGGCGAAUGCCACGUUGACUUUCCGAGAUGCCAAUGCCUCUCUCCGACAAUCCCCAGGGCAGAACCAAGGUCCAAAUCCAGAGGUAAGGCGGGACUCCAUACCGGAUACGCAGCAAUGGGGCCGUUAUCUGCACUCGGGGUCUGUUCAUAGCCUGCCUGCUAUUCCAUCUCAAUGCCUGCUUCCGUCGGACACUGGCUCUGCAACAUCUGGCAGUGUUGGCGCCUCUAUCCGUCCAUCUGGCCUAGGUCAAGCAUUCAAUCCAAUGCCCACGAUCCAAUCCGGGAUUGCCACAGGUCAACAGCCACAAAGCGACAGGAGAAUGCAGAUUUACGAGGAUGCCGACGGCAAUGCGUUCAUGCAGAGCCUCACUGAGGUAGCAACGCCCAGUGCGCGUGCUUCUCAAGAUCCAGCUGUUGCGGCCCAGUUGAGUUAUCAUCUCAACCGCGUCGAGGAUGCUCUUGAGAAAUUCCCGCAUGGCGAUGCUCAAGUGUCUGCAGAGCCUGCUGCUACGAAGACAGAUGAUCGGUCCCAAAUGAAUAUAAACCCGUCGGAACCUCUUUCAGGACAGAUCUCGCUUAUGCCGCAUGAAGGGGAAACGGAAGCUACGCUCCUGCCGAGACUUCGACACCUGGUCCACAAUCUGUCCGAGUAUCCAAUCAGAAUAACUAAUCACGAACAGAGACUAGAUUCGCUUGAGAACGCGACAUUCCAUGAUCCUGCUGUUGGGGAUCUCCAGGACGCGGACGAUCGUCUGGACAACAGGGUUUGCGAGGUCGAAGAGAGAGUCCGUGAGAUUGAAAAGGUGCAGGCUGCUAUCAACGAUGCCAGCAGUGUCAGCAGUAAACAUAUUGAGUCAUUCGACUCGAGGAUGUCAGUCACUUCCUCGGCCAUGAUUGCUUCAGCCAUGGGUCGUCUCGAUGCUGCUCGUCUUCAGUCUCUGGAAUCUCAGAUAGCCGAGCUUCAAGCUGCCGCUCUCCCAUCCCCGUCACGCCCUUGGGAGAUUGAAGUUGUCUUCCUGCCUUUUGGACCUCAACUGAUGGGCAUCUGGUCCUCACAGCAGAAUAUGAGUCAGCGAUCACGGGUGAACAGUAUGGCUACGGAUGAUUGGACCCAGACGCAGAACCACUCUAUGGCUGCUGCUCAAACGUGCUUUGCUACCCAUGACCAGGCUGCCGCGUGGCAGCAUUCCGCUCCGGAUCUUUCGGACCAGGACUCACAAUGGUUGAUGGCUAAAGCCUGUGCCUCCCAUAGCAGGGUAGAUGAGCGUCUCAGAAGCAGAGGACUGGUCAGAGUGGUUCGCAUCCUCGGACCCGAUGCCAGAGACGUCCAGGUUGCAAUCAUGAAUGCCUUUGGUGAACUUCCCAAUGUUCUCGCCGAGGACCCUUACACCCAACUCGACGAAAACGUAGGCUCUGUUCCCAGAUCUUUGAGAAACUUCCUGGGGUUAUCGGCUCCGUGGAUUCCUCUGCGCAAGAUUCACAGGGAUUCAUGUCUACGCUACCUCACUCCUUCGGAGAUGGUCACACCAGCCCUCUGGACUUUCUCAUUCCUAUCUUCCAGCGUCGCCAUGAGGCACAAAGGGAUCCGUCGUCUCUAUGUUACGCAAAGAGACAGUUACGUCCAACAACUCGGCAACCAAAGCGUAGACUGGACAUGGCAAAAGCUUCGCAUGCUUCCGCGUGUCUAUCCAGACGUUUCCACAAGUCUGAACUAUACUCCCGAGCGCGACGCUGAAGAGCCCUGCUGGGAAUUUGAUGAGCGUCUUGAUCCGGCACACGAAAGCGUACAUUCAACAUUCACAUCAUGCAUUUCCUCGCUGAGCAUCUGCUCGCCUCCUCACCAAGACGCUCAGUUUGAACAACCGUCGCUCUCUGAUUGUCUCUCAUCAGCAGCCGUUUCGCCCGAUGCUUCUACAACUCCAACUUCGGUUGCAGCCGCCCAGCAUGCAGUGCCACUGUCUUCACUCAGAGAGCGCCAGCCUUUCCGGCCGGUUCCCAUCCGCACGACUUCCAUGCCAACCAUGGUCCCCACCAAAUUCUCGAACUCCCAGCACGGCAACUGUAAACGCCGCAUCACAUCCCUCGACUGCGAAUCCCAGUCUUCCCCGUCCCGUGUCCCUUCCACGUCCACAGGCGCGAACAUCACGCUCGCUAAACGCCGCCGCAUCUCCCAUUCUCGCUCCCGCUCCCCGUCCAGACCAAGAGAUACUCCCAAGUACAGCACAGGCCCGUCAAGUCCGCACGCCUUGUUCGACGACGCUAAGCACGAUCGCGAGAAAGAGGAAGGCAUGACGCCCUUCGCGUACGCGACGCCGUUCAGCAACGCCCCGUACACUGAGCGUGGUGGUAAAAGCAGCAUCGGAAUAUACGAAGACGGCAGUCAAGACGGACUCGGUGUCGAUGACGAUAAUCAUUACGGCAGUACCACAGACGAAGUCUACGCUGACAACGACCACGUCGGCGACGAAGAACCUGGCUACGAAGCUCACGCGCUCAGCGAUUUCGGGCAAGACGAGGAUGCGUAUUACGUGCACGGCAGACUGGUUGAUGAGGAGUGGGAGGGCGUGCAGGAUGAAGUUGAUUACGAGGCUAGUGCGGGCUUCGGAAAGUCGGGGACGGGACCGGUCUUUGGAGGUGGCAGUUUUGGGAGAAGUGCAAGAGAGCGGGAUGAGGAUGGGGGGAGUGAAGCGAGUAGUAUGCCGAGUGAGUACCCUAUCCGACAGCCCGAUUCUGCCUUUGAUCAGGGGGUUGGGGCCGCGAAGGGGGGAUUCAAGAUUCACAUCGACGAUGAGGUAGAGGUUGCUGCUCACUAG